UCGCUCGCUAGUGCAGAGCAACAUCAUCAUGUCGGCUUGGAACUUGAUCUUGACCUCCUUGUUGAUUGUCCUAGUAACGGCGGCGUGGACAGCUCCCGUGGAGGAGCGGGAGGAGGUGGAACCGAGCGAAGAGGCGGACGGCGAGCAGUCCGAGGAAGACGAGGACGAUGACGACUCCACAAAGAAGGAGGGACCCGCAGGUGCCCACCAGAGUGCGACGUGGGGGGCUUCAGGUGUCAGACCGCAUCCCGACGUCAGCGGUGCUCAAGGAGCCCCGGUGGCCGCAGGAGAGUCGGGUGGACACGCGGACACUUCCACAGAUUCUGACGCCGUGGACACGCGUUUAAACGUCGACGGGGAGAAGCCGUUGAACGGCGUGGGCGGAGACAAGGACGUGACAGGGACGCUGAUAUCACUUGAGGGAGCGGCUUUUCACCCGGAGUACGCAGAUGAAGAACGCUCGACUGAGUCGGACGUCACGGAGCGACAAGGCGAGCGUGCCUCUGACCGAUGGCUCGGUACGCCUGCCACUGAGCGCGCCCAUCAGGACGACUUGACAUCUUCCCCCUCCUCCUCCUCCUCCUCCUCCUCCUCCUCCUCCUCCUCCUCCUCCUCCUCCUCACAUCACGCAGGAAAUGGCCGACAGACUCGGCCGCUGGACCAAGACGGAGUGACGGCUCAGCCGGGCCAACCUUCAGUGGAGCUUCACACUCAGCAACUCAGUGAGCGGACCCGGCCGGCGGCGACCGCUCCCGUCCACCUUUCCACUUUGCCGCAGGAGACGAGUCGUCCACAGGAGCACAGCACAGAAUCGUCCGUACUCGUGCGCACUGGGCCGGCAGGGGACGCUUUCGCGGACACUUCAUCAGGCACACUGGCGUGGCGCACUGAAGCCGUUACCAUGGCAACGCAUUCACUCUUUUCAGAGCCAACAGGAACAUCCCUGGACUCCAGUGGUGGGCGAGUGUCUGAAGACCCCCACAAGGCUGGUUCCGUCACUGAACAGUACGACGCUUGGGGUCAAGGUCCUGAAGCUGCGGAGAACGUGGAACUGGAGGAAACCUGCUGACUUCCAAUGCAAGCCUCAAGUUCACUUUUCCCGCCGCCGCCUCCAGUGUGCCGACCUAUGGGAACGCCCCUUUGGCCGUGUUUAGGUCCCGCCCACCCACAGGCAGGGGAACGUUUGAAAAUGUUUAAUAAGAUUUGUACACUGUGAUCAAUUUUAGAAGCAGGUGAACUUGACAUUAAAAUGUCUUUUAAUGACUUUGCAAAAAGUGUUUUGGCGUCCUUUGAACAUCAGUUUUACAUCCCAUUCUGACAUCACCACCAUCCUUUACCAUCAGUCAAAACAUGAGAAAGAUAGGCCCUAAUGAUGAAACGGUUGAGUUGUGCAAUCACAAUAACAAACAUAUUCAAUGAAUCCCUAUGUACGGCAGCAAAUUUCCCUUUAAAUUGGGAAAUAUUACUAAAGCUCAAUUUUGCCUCGGAGCGAUUGUGCGUGCGCAUGCAUGAGUGACUGCCUGUCCUCGUGUGGGCAGGUCACAUGACACGCCAUAAGGACUGUGCACAAACAAGUUUAAUGUGGAUUUCCAUGGUAACAGAAUAAAUAUGAAAGCAA